AUGUCCUUUGCUGUAAAGCCUCGCAAGAUCGGUGGCACCGAGGUGUUCCCCAUCGGAUAUGGUGCUAUGGGCAUCAGUGCGUACUAUACGAGGGCCAAACCGUUGACCGAUGAGGAACGGUUUGCUGUCCUCGAUACUGCAUAUGAAUCAGGAUGCAACCAUUGGGACACUGCCGACGUCUAUGGAGAUAGCGAAGAGCUACUCGGGAAUUGGUUCAAACGCACUAACAAGCGUUCUGAAAUAUUUCUCGCAAGCAAAUGCGGAAUCGUCCAAGGUAUCGGCGUCGAUGGUAGUCCAAAGCACGUGAAGGAAGCCAUUGAAUCUUCCCUAAAGAAACUUGGUGUCGAUUAUAUCGAUUUAUACUACCUUCACCGCCCUGACACUAAGACGCCAAUAGAGCAUACUAUUGGUGCCCUCGCCGAGUUCGUGAAAAAAGGCAAAAUACGCCAUAUUGGCCUUUCAGAGUGCUCUGCUUCGACCUUGCGGCGUGCACACGCAGUUCAUCCCAUAGCUGCGCUGCAAGUUGAAUAUUCACCCUUCACGCUGGAUAUCGAGUUUCCCGAAGUGAAUCUUUUGAAGACUGCUCGUGAACUUGGUGUGACGAUAGUCGCAUACUCUCCUCUCGGUCGUGGACUGCUUACUGGUCAAUACAAAUCACCGGAUGAUUUCGAGGAGGAUGAUUUCAGGCGCACAAUUCCUCGCUACUCUAAGGAGAAUUUCCCUAACAUCCUCUCGCUCGUCUCAUCCAUCCAGAAGAUUGGAGACAAGUAUGGAGCAUCAAGUGGACAAGUCGCUCUUGCUUGGCUCCUCGCGCAAGGUGAAGACGUUGUUGCCAUUCCUGGAACCACUAGGAUCAAGGCGUUGAAGGAGAACAUUGAUGCAGCCAACGUCAAGCUGUCCCCUGAGGAUGUCGCUGAGGUGCGCCGCCUUGCAGAAAAUGCAGAAGCAGGCAAGCACGGAGAUCGCUAUCCACCUGGCAUGCGCGAGCAACUUUUUGCCGACACGCCCCCGCUUCAAUCCUGA